AUGUUCCAGAGAAUGAUCCUCCGCCAGGGCCAGGCUGCCCGGUCUGCUGCCCUUUCCCUGACCUCUACACCCAUGGCCCUCCGUCAAACGUCACGAAUGCAGCCUCGCAUUGCCCAGGGGAUCCGGGUGGCAGCGGUCCCCCAGCACGGGAGACGGCUUUACUCGACCGAGAACAACAGCGCCGCUGGCGAGCAACCAAAGGAGGCGGCGAAGGAGGAGGCCGCCGCGGGCGAGAACGGCGAGGAAUUGCUCCGCAAGGAGCUCGAGGGGAAGCAGAAGGAGAUUGUCGAACUGAAGGACAAGUACAGGCGGUCGGUGGCGGAUUUCCUGAACCUGCAGGAGCGCACGAAGCGCGAGAUGGACAACGCCCGCAACUUCGCCAUCCAACGGUUCGCCGUCGACCUGUUGGAGAGCAUCGACAACUUUGACCGCGCGCUGCUGGCCGUCCCCGCGGAGAAGCUGAGCGCCGAGGCGAGCCAGGAGGUCCAGGACCUCGUCUCGGGCCUCCAGAUGACUCAGAACAUCCUGAUGGGCACGCUCAAAAAGCACGGCCUCGAGCAGUUCGACGCCAGCCUGCCCGCCGAGGGUGGCAAGCCCCAGAAGUUCGACCCCAACAUGCACGAGGCUACCUUCAUGUCCAAGAACGAGGCUCUCGAGGACGGCGACAUCAUGUACGCCCAGACCAAGGGCUUCAAGCUCCACGGAAGAGUGUUGCGAGCUGCUAAGGUCGGCGUUGUCAAGAACGCUUAA